CCAGGGGCGAGGGGCGGGGCGUUGCCCAGUCCCGGACCCUCCCCCCCCCCGUGUCACUUCCCUUCGCCGCUGGCGCCUCCCGUCCUGGGCCUGCUCCGCGCGCCGGAACCGCGGCCCCCCGCCCCCCCCGCGCUCUGCCCCCCCCGCCCCGGCCAUGGAGCGGUACCGGGGGCUGACGGACACCGAGCUCAUCGCCAUGCUGCAGCGCUACGGCAUCCCGCACGGGCCCGUCGUGGGAUCGACCCGGAAGCUCUACGAGAGGAAGAUCUGCGAAUACGAGAGCCAGCGCACCAAGCUGUCGCCCUCAGGGGGGGCUGGGAGCUACUCAGAUCCCGGCACCACCGAGACCUACAUCCGGGAAUCCUACAGCUACCCCCGGCAGGAGGAGCGGCGCGGCUAUGGGGCGGACGACUCCAGCCCCACCAGGAUGUACACGCGGGAGCUGUAUGAUUUUCCUCGUCGUGAGGGUCGCACCGGCUACCUGGGGGAUGAUGUGGACACUGAGUCCUACGAAGACUCUUCCUCCUCUUCCUCCUCCUGGCUCUAUGGUGCAGCCCCAGGUCGCCUGGGGGAAGCCACCACCCGCCAGCCGAUCGGAGAGGCUGCAUCCUACACCCCGAGCAGGACGGAGGAGACCGAGAGGGAUGGCGUCUCCUACCAGCGGGUCUGCCGGGCCCGCCCCACCCUGCCCCCCAUGCGGGUGGAGCCGCGCCGUGCCAUCCACCCCCUGCCCCGGGGGGGCCCUGGGGGGGCCACAGAGGGAGGCUCCCGGCGCUUCCUGCCUCUCUGGCUGCAGCUGCUGCUCUUUGGGGUGCUCGCGGCCUUCCUGGUGUACGUGUACUGUGCCCUGCAGGGCGGCGCCGACGACAACCCGUUCGUGCAGCACCCUGAGGAGUGAGGGGGCCCCCUCCCCCCCGGGGCCCACGUCCUAUCUCCUAGCCCCCCCUGGCCUGUCCUCCUCCCCCUGGACACCCCCAGGGGCCCAUGUCCUGUCCUGUCCCACUCCCCCAGGGGGUCCACAUCCCAUCUCCCAGGCCCCCCAUCCUGUCCCCCUCCCCCCCAGGAGCCCCCGUCCCAUCCCUCCCCACUCUUCAACAGCCAGGGGCUCCUUCUCCCAUCCUGUCCCUCUCCCCCAGGGAGCCCUGUCUUCUCCUGUCAUCCAUGGCCCCGCCCACAAUUCUGACAGCUCCCCCCCACUUCCUGCUCAGGGAUGGUUGUGGGGGGGGCCACCCAGCUGCCCCCACCAGCAGCAGGCUGGGGUCCCUGCUGGUGCCCGGUGUGUUUACGUAGGGCCGACGCUAAGUGCCUCCCAGCUCUGCCCUGCGCCUAGCCUAAGGGUGGGGGGUAUUGCUACCCCAUCCCCCCCAGGGGUUAACACUAUGGUGGGCGAGGGGCUGUAACCAGAGUGGGGACACACACACUCUCCUGUCCCUCCUUUAACUUUCUAAUCAAGGCUCAUCCCUCCCCCAACCCACCCUGGAGUUGUUCCACUCCUUUUGGGGGGUGGGGGAGGAACUAGUCUACUUCCCCUCCCCCCAAAUGUCCUGUUGUCCCCCCCCCCCCCGGGGAAUCAGUCUUGAAGGGGCAAAUAGUUGCCAAGUGGUGCUGCUUAGCUUUUGUUUCCUGCUGGGGGGGGGUGGGGGGGUGUCGCUGCAUUUUCCUAGCCAAGGGGUUUGCUUUUGAAACAAACCAGCUGUGGGGGAGCCACUCAAUAAAACUGUGGCUUUUUUUGGUUGUUUUGUAAAA